CGGCGGAAGGGGCGGGCGGCAGCGUGGUGGCGGCAGCGUGGUACCGCCAUGGGCCGCAAGAAGAAGAAGAAGAAGGGUACGGGCGGCCGUGAGGGCCGGCUGGUGGUGACUUUUGACGAGGAGAGGCGGAGGGAGUACCUGACCGGCUUCCACAAGCGGAAGGUGGAGCGGAGGAAGGCGGCGCUGGACGAGAUCAAGCGGAAGCUGAAGGAGGAGCAGAGGAAGCUGAAGGAGGAGCGGCACCAGGAGUACCUGAAGAUGCUGAGCGAGAGGGAGGAGGCGCUCGAUGAGGCUGAUGAACUGGAGCACUUGGUGACAUCGCGCACGGAGUCUGUGAACAUCGACCACCCAAACCACAUUGUAACAGUGACCACCAUCAGUGACCUGGACCUCUCAGGGGCACGCCAGCUGGGACUGACCACCCCUGGGGGCAAGAGUGAUGGAUCAGAAGAAGAGAAAGGGGAAGAAGUGGUGAACAAGCCUGUAAGAGCAAUGCCCAAGAAGUCCAGAGACCCCUUCCUGUCUGAAAAGAUCUCUGCUCUUACUGCCACACUGCACAUGCACAGCCGGAAAAAGACAAAAGGAAAGAGACUCCAACGUGGUCAAGGCCCACGCAAGAAAAUCCAGAAAUCCAGCUCCGGGCGGACCACUAAGACUCAGCGGCGGAGGCUGACGGGCAAAAUGGGCCGUGAUCAAGAUUAAUGGAGGAAUUCGUGCUCAGCCCAGCAGCUGGCACAGUGCUCCACAUCUGGCCGGCUGCUCUUUGGGACCCCUUCACUGUGGGCAAGGGCCUCGUUGACUUGGCUCUCUGACCACCAGUGAGGCCAGGUCAGCCUUCCUCUCCCCUCCUGAGCACUGGUCAGGGUCACUGUAGACACUCUACCCAUGUAUUUCUGCAGUGAACUCCAGCUACCAAGUGCCUGGGUGUCACGGAGUGUCUGAAAACUUCUGCUGGGAUCACACUCUCUAUUUGGCAUAACCCUUCUGUCCUUGGGCCUCCCCUUCCAGAGCUGAUUCCUGGCUUUAUCAAAGGAGAGGAUCUGGAGCAGAGUGCAACAGGCACAUGGUCAGGGUAGUUUAUGAGGCUUGGAAGAGCUCUGCUUCCGCUCUUGGGCAUCAGUGCCCUGGCAUUUCUGCUGUGCAGUAAAUCCUUUUUCCAUAGAGACAGGGUGUCAUCUUGUCUCGUGUAUUUCUUCUCCAGUGCCACACUUGAAUGCAGGGGUACUUUUUGUUUGGUACCCGUGCCAGAUGAAAUUUGAUAACUUUGUGAAUAAAUCUUUAUGAAGUCAUUUUGCUAAGAAAAAAAGACCAGUUUGUGACUUAUCUGGAGUGUAACAGCAACUGUGCCAAGGCCAGUACCAGCUGGAAAGAGAGGAGAUGGUUCCUUUUGCUUAAAGGAUAUUGAGAUCCAGUGGUGUUUGGGAAAUGGAAUAGCUAGGAGCUAUUUCCAUGGUGCCAGAGCCAGCCAGAGCAGGAAUGGCUCAUUCCAUUGUCUGCUGAAUAUGCCAAUCUUAAUUGCGAUAGCUCAGAGGAGUAUGAAAUGCCCUAAUGCCCUUGCUGUAUGUGUGUGGCCCUCUCCGGGAUGGGAGUGGCAGAGGCUGCCCUUGCCCUUCAGAGCUGCUGCAGUCAGCAGCAGUUAAUUGCCUUUCUUCUUCAGACUUCACUAUAUGUUUUUUAGCAUGGAUGCUUUCAGCAGGAGGGGAAAAAAGAGUUUGCAUGGUUUGGGUUAAGAAAUGCUGGUGGCAAAACUGAGUGAAUCCUCUGAGGACGAGAGCAAGCCUAGGCAGCAUGCUGGCCUCUGUCCCGGAGUAUCUGUAGGAGAUGGUGGACCUUCUGCCCCUGUCAGCCAGGCCUCCACCCAUGCCACAUGUGUACUGGCAAGGAAAUGACAAAGGAAGAAAAGGCUUGUGUGGCCAAAACCCACACCAGAAAACUGGCAACCCAGCAAUGGGAGAGUACAUACAUUCCUCAUGCCAGAAAUGGGAGGGGAAGGAGCAAACCAGUGCUUGAGGCUUCAUGGAGAAACAUCAGAGCAAUGCUUAUGGCCACCAGCCACUAAAGCUAACUGCAGCCUGAUGGAUCUCUCUAACAUUUCUUGGAGCGUGCGCGCACACAGUGUUGAGGAGGGUAUGAUCUGAACACUGACAGCAGCCACACAAUUUGUGCUAGAGCGUCUUCCUCUGGAGGGAACUGGGUGGCAUGCAUGUUUGUGGUGAAGAAUGGGGUCCCUUUGCACCUCCCUUUCUCUUCUGAAGAAGGUGAAUGGUGGGGAAGUGGAUACUGUUUUAUCCCAUGUGCCACUAGCGCCUUGCAUGCUUAGACUCUGAGUUCCAUCCUGGGCUGAGUUCUUAGCCACUAAUGUGGAAUAACCUCAGUCACAUCAUGAAAAUGUAGUGUGCGUGGUUCCGUCAUCUCCAAAAUAGUUCUCGGACACUGCCUUAAAGGCUGCUCCAGAAUGUACGUUAGACACCAUGAGCUGCGUUAUCCAGUUUUCCUGUUUUGCCUUGGAGUGUUGGCUGUUUCAAAGCUGUGAAAACAAUUCCAAGGCAAGGCCAAAAGCCUGAGGCUGGGCUGGAUUUCGUCCAAAGUGUCCAAGAGGAGCACAAAAGCAUUUCUCCUUGUGGUUUGGUAGUUAAUGUGCUCUGAAGCCAUUGUGCAGUUGUUAGGUUUGAGAGGGAUGUAGGAGGGAAGGAGAGGGAAGUUCUGCUUGGACUGGUGUGCCACACCAAGGGCACUGCAGCUCAAAGCUGGAGGACAGUGCGUGACACCCUUCUUCUGGGUCAUACAGCAUCUUUCCCUUUGGACAUUCUGCCUUGUGGAAUGACUGUGAGCAGAAGGUGACUUUUGCUUCCCCACCUCAGGAGUUUGCUCUGGAGCUGGGAUGGCCAUUGUAGAGGAAAUGUAGAGUCUGUGAGCUUAUGACGUCCGCUGAAGUGUGGAGUGGGAACUGUGGAUUGCUUUGCCUUCCACAGCCUGUAGGCAGCCUGGCACGUAGGGACAGCACUAGAUUGCCUCAUUGUAGUCCUGAUGGGGUGGUAAGAGGGACCUCAACAGCACUUCAGUGUUAUUUUGCUGCCAGGUGAUUCAGAAGUAUCUCUCUUUUAGGUUGCUGUAUCCCUGGCCCUAAUAACUUCUGAGCCUGUGCCAGCUGUCAGCUCUAAUCUCCAGCAGCCUCUUCCAAGCUCUGAAAGCUUCCAGUUUCUGCUGGAAGUUGUGUUUUCACAUUAAAAAAACAAGGCACAUGGCAAAAAUGAGAACAGAACUGUUACAUCCUGUGCGGCGUUAACCAUCAGGAUUGUUCACUGCACUAUUGAUUUCUCCAUUUGAUCGAUUAAAGCUUUAUUUGGUGAUGUAAA